ACUGUCGCCGGGAUCCAGACAGCGUCAGCGACACAGAGCCAGGCCGCCUCGGGGACCAGCAGACACCUCGGCUCCCUCCCAAGGCUGGUGGAACAUGUUCCCGGGGACGCAGUUUGUAUGACAGUUGCUAGACUAUGUUUCCACUUCUGAUCGUACUCAGCCAGCUGACCAGACUUACCCUCGCGUUUCCUCAUUGCACAAAAAGCCUAAAGGAUUCUGAACAUGCCGGAGAAGAAGUCUUUACAACAAAAGAAGCAGCAAACGUCUUUAUGCACCGCCGCCUCCUGUACAAUAGGUUUGAUUUAGAACUCUUCACUCCCGGGGACAUGGAGAGAGAAUGCUAUGAGGAGUUUUGUAAUUAUGAAGAAGCCAGAGAGAUUAUCGGGGAUGACGAAAAAACGACUACGUUUUGGCGGGAUUAUUCGACUAAAGGACCGACCACACGAUCGGAUGUUAACAAAGAGAAAAUUGAUGUUAUGGGCCUUCUGACUGGAUUAAUUGCCGCUGGAGUAUUCUUGGUUAUAUUUGGCCUGUUUGGUUACUAUCUGUGUAUCACCAAGUGUAACAGGCAGCCGUAUCUGGGUUCUUCAGCUGUCUACACAAGAAGGGCCAGACACACACCCUCCAUCAUUUUCAGAAGCCCGGAGGAGGCUGUCUUACCUUCAUCGCCACCUUUAGAGGACGCAGGACCACCUUCCUAUGAACAGGCAGUAGCACUGACCAGAAAACACAGUGUCUCACCACCACCUCCAUAUCCUGGACCAGCAAAAGGGUUCAGGGUGUUUAAAAAGUCUAUGUCACUCCCGACUCACUAAGCCCACCUUGCCGCCUUGCUAUAAGACAUUCAUGUGGUUUGAAUGAUUUGUUCUCCCUGAAACAAAAAAGAUUUGCCCAUUCAGCUUUUUAUGACAAACUGCAAGGAAUGAAGGAGCAAUACACACUGAACAGAAUCCACCACAGUUCUGCUUUCGGCUCAGACCGGGACUGGAUCUCUAUCAUCUUGGUAAGAGACUUGAACUUCAUUUCCUCGAAGUUAAGAAGAAAGUGCCUUUGUGCAAUGUAUGUUGUACUGGUUCAAAAGUCUGCUAUAGCUAGGUAAUGUGAUGAAUGCCUAUAAUCCUCACACCCAGGAGGCUGACUUGGGAAGGAUGAGAGUUCAAGGCCAGCCUGAGCCCUGUCAAGACCCUGUCUCAAAACAAGACAAAGUUUGUUAAUAAUUAGAAUGAGCAAACUAGGAACCGUCAAUCAUUAAUUUAAUGUCAAAUCAUGAUAUUAGAUCUUCUCUUCAUUAGGAUUUCUUUUUGGCUGAAAAUACUUCACAGAAUUUGACAUUUUGGUGUAGAUCUGUGGCCUUGAUAUAAUCACUUGCUUUUCUGAUUCAAUUGGUGCAGAGCGUCCACCAAAUUUACAGGUCUUAGUUUUUCACUUGCUAUCUAUCAUGUUUCCGUGUGGUAAGAGGUGCCAAGAGGGUUUUGUUGUUGUUCCUAGAAAUUGCUAUUCAUGGGUUUAGGAGACACCUCACUUGGAAAGUGCUUGCCUUGCAACCGUAAGGAUCUGAGUUCAAUCCUCAGUACCCGGGUUUGAAACAAACAAAACCACAAAACAACAACAAAAACCAUGAGUACUUGAUACAUACCUACAAUCCCAGCACUGGGUAGAAGGACAUAGGAGGCCCCCUGGGGUUGGUAGCUAGCCACUGCAGCUGAAUCAGGAACCUCCAAGUUCAGUGAGAAACUCUGUCUCAAAAAUUAAGGUGGAGCCAGUGAGGUGGUGCAUUUACCUUUAAUCCCAGCACUCAAGAGGCAGAGAUCUCUGUGAGUUUAAGGCCAGCCUGUUCUACAUUGUGAGUUCUAGGACAGCUGGAAAGCCUGCCUCAGAAAAACAAAAGCAAAAAACAAUGUCCAGUGGUAGGAGCACAAGCCUUUAAUCAGCAUUCAGGAGGCCAAGGCAGAAGGAUCUCUGUGAGUUCAAGGCUGGCCUGGUCUAUAGAACUAAUUCCAGUACAGUAAGUGCUACACAGUGAAACCCUGUCUCAAAAACCAUUAAAAAAUUAAAUUAAGUUAAAGAUGAGUUAAGGUGGAGAGCAAUUGAAGAAAAUACCAAUAUCAACUUUUGGCCUCUACAUACAUGUGUUCACAUGCAUGUGCACACACACAUGCACAAUAUUGAGCUGGAAGUUGAGGAACAGAAUAGUAGAGGCAAGUGGUUGAGCUCUUACUUCAUAUGUAUGAGGUUAGACUCCUCAGCAAUACCAACUAAAGUCACCAGAAAGCCUUCCCAGCUUGUGUGUGUGUGUGUGUGUGUGUGUGUGUGUGUGUGUGUGUGUGUAUGUGCUGAAGACUGAACCAGAGCAUCACAUAUGCUAAGCACAUGCUGUACCAUUAAGUUAACUCUCAGUCUCCCUCAUUUUUUCUAGUACAUCUUAACACAUGGAAAACAUACUAUAGUUUCAACAGAUACUUUUCUGUUGUAGUCCUAUAAAUGACCAGUUCUUCCUCAGGAAUGUAGAAGAGGAGCUCAGUGGAAAAGCCUGUGCUUAACAUGUGUGCAAGACCCUGGGUUAGAUCCUCAGCACCAAAACAGAAUGAAAAUGUAGCAGAAUGUGACACAAGCGGAGCACACGCUCCCUGACUUACAUGCUUGUCUAUUUCAGUGACUCACAAGCAGAGCACACACUCCCUGACUUACAUGCUUGUCUAUUUCAGUGACUCACAAGCAGAGCACACACUCCCUGACUUACAUGCCUGUCUAUUUCAGUGACUCACAAGCAGAGCACACACUCCCUGACUUACAUGCUUGUCUAUUUCAGUUCAUUUGCUUGUCAUGUGUCAAGGUAUAUAUGCUCUGGGGUCAAGGAACUUGAACUCUUGAAAAAUUGACUAGACACCAGGCAAGGUGGUGCACACCUUUAAUCUCAGCACUCGGGAGGCAGAGGCAGGCAGAUCUCUGUGAGUUCGAGGCCAGCCUGGUCUACAGAGUGAGUUCCAGGAUAGGCUCCAAAGCUACACAGAGAAACUCUGUCUCGAAAAACCAUAAAAAGAAAGAAAAGAAAAGUUGACUAGAAAAAAUAUUUGUGGUCUUCUUUGUUGUUUGUUUCUGUCAGACAUUUCCCUAUUCUUUAAGAUCCUUUAUAAAUUGUUACUUUGUUUUAUGAUGUUAUAGAGUUGAGAUUGCAACCUUGCUUGCAUUUGAUAAUUACACCCAAAUUAAAUAUUUAGAAAAUCCACAUCAUUUUGCAGUGUGUGUGAAUGUGAA